GUUUUUUCUCCCCUCUCUCUCUCUCAGAGCAGAGUAACAUGGCGGCUCAGUUAGCCAGCACAAAUGUUGUUCCACUACCGCGAAGGUCAGAGCCGCUCGGGAUAAACGGAUUUUAACAGCGAGGACUGCUCCAAAAGUACCACAUACAGGGAGAAGUGGAUGAUGUGUAAAGGUUUCCUAGCAUUAUCGUCUUGCAGCAAUGGCCUGAGGGCCUCUCUGGACUGAAACCAAGACGCUGAUAUGCAUUGACAAUGAGUGGUGUCAGUGAAAACUCAUCGGACCCUGCCAGGGCAGAGUCACGAAAACGCAAAGAAUGUUCUAACGAACUCAUCGGACCCAGUCCCAAGCGGAGCAAUGAGAAGCGCAACCGCGAGCACGAGAACAAAUACAUCGAAGAACUUGCCGAGCUGAUCUUUGCCAAUUUCAAUGACAUCGACAACUUCAACGUCAAACCCGACAAAUGUGCAAUCCUGAAGGAAACUGUGAAGCAAAUCAGACAAAUAAAGGAGCAAGAAAAAGCUGCAGCAGCAAAUGAGGAGGAGGUGCAAAAGGCUGAUGUCUCAUCAACAGGCCAAAGUGUGAUUGACAAAGAUGCCUUGGGACCAAUGAUGUUGGAGGCCCUGGACGGCUUCUUCUUUGUAGUGAACAUGGAGGGAAACAUCGUGUUUGUGUCUGAGAACGUGACCCAGUACCUGCGCUACAACCAGGAGGAGCUGAUGAACACCAGUGUCUACAGUGUGCUGCACGUCGGCGACCAUGCUGAGUUCAUCAAGAACCUGCUGCCUAAAUCCCUCGUCAACGGGGUGCCAUGGUCCAGUGAGGGUCCGCGGAGGAACAGUCACACGUUCAACUGCCGUAUGCUGGUCAACCCGCACAGCGACAACCAGAACGAGCAGCACGAGCACGAGCCUCAGCAGCAGAAAUACGAGACCAUGCAGUGUUUCGCCGUUUCGGAGCCCAAGUCCAUCAAGGAGGAAGGAGACGAUUUUCAGUCGUGCCUGAUCUGCGUGGCUCGACGGGUGCCCACGAAGGAAAGGCCCAUGCUUCCAACGCACGAGAGCUUCACUACACGCCAGGACCUGCAAGGUAAGAUAACGUCCUUGGAUACCAGUCUGCUGCGAGCGUCCAUGAAGCCAGGCUGGGAAGAUCUGGUGCGGCGCUGCAUCCAGAGGUUUCACCUACAGAGCGACGGAGAGAUGUCUUUUGCCAAGAGACACCAGCAGGAAGUGCUUCGCCACGGUCAAGCGUUCAGUCCCAUAUACCGGUUCUCCCUCUCGGAUGGGACCAUCGUCUCGGCCCACACCAAGAGCAAACUGGUGCGCUCACCUGCCACCAACGAACCCCAGCUCUACAUGUCCCUGCACAUUCUCCAGAGGGAGCAGACGGUAUGUGGGAUGGGGCAGGACAUGGGUCCUGCCAAUCAGGCGACAGGGAUGGCUCCCAAACCAAUGAACUCCUCCACUCCCUCCAUGACUCCGCCAACCCCAGGCAGCUUGCCGGGUUCGGGGCCCCAGGGUCAAGACACUACAAUCAGCAGCAACAGCACACCUUUUUCCCCUCCAGGCCCCGCCGGUCCCAGAGAACCGGCAGCCAUGGGGGGCCAUAUGCAGGGCUUCCGCUUCGGCUGUCCGCCGCCACACAACCACACUGGAGGAAUGCAGCCGCCGCAGCAGGGCCCCAACUGGAGGAUGAACAGCCCUUCUCGCGCCAGUCCCAGUCCGGCUGGGGGACCCCAUCCACCCCAGCAGAACUCUAUGCUGUCCCCCAGGCACCGGGGGAGUCCCGGGGGGGCGGGCAGCCCUCGUGUAGCAGGAGGCCUGCACUCUCCGUCUCCGGUGGGGAUGUGUGGUGCAGGAGGACCCGGAGGUGCAAGCAGCAGCGCCAGUAGCACGCACGCCAACAGCUACACCAGCAGUUCUCUGUCAGCCCUGCAGGCUCUGAGCGAGUGCCACGGAGUAGGACACGGACACGGGCCUCCUCAUUCACACACUCUGGGCUCUCCAGAUGGGAAAAUCGGCUCCCCGGUUGGGGCCACACCAGGAUCAGGGGUAAACACUCAUCUGAUGUCAAAACUCGGUGCCGGCAGCGGCACGACUGCCGGUACCGGAGACUUUGGACCUCACUCGGAGAGUCAGGGGCACACCCAGGCUCAGACGGACGGCCUCCAAGCUGAGCCCAAGGAGGAGAGGGAAGGGCCGUUUGAGGGCCACGAUGUUCACAACCGCAUGCACGACAAGGGUCACACCAAGUUACUGCAACUGCUCACCACCAAGCCAGAACCUCUGGAGACGCCCUUGUCUCCUGGUGCGGGAGGGGAAGGCAAGGAUCAGGCCGGCGCGGGGGCCCGGGGCGGCCACACGGGAGGGAGCACUCACGCCACAUCCCUCAAAGAAAAACACAAAAUCCUCCACCAACUGCUUCAGAACAGUACAUCUCCUGUAGACCUCGCCAAACUCACAGCGGAGGCGACGGGCAAAGAACUUGGCCAAGACCAAACGCAGGGUGCCGGUAGUACAGCUUCUGGGGCAGACAUUACUCCUAAACAGGAGCCGUUGAGCCCGAAAAAGAAGGACAAUGCACUGCUGCGCUAUCUACUGGAUAAAGAUGACACUGUAUUGAAGGACAAAGUCCCUAAGCUGGAGCCUGGGGAGGUGAAGGUGGAAGGGGGAAAGCACCCUCAGGUCAAGGCGGAGAAACAAGACGCGGGAUACGAGCGCCCUGAGCAGUCAUCAGAGCUGGACGACAUCCUCAAUGACCUGCAGAAUGCUCAGCAACUUUUCGGCGAGUCGCGACCCGUUUCGUUGCCCAGUCCCAUGGACAAACAGAACAUCAUCAAUGAUAUCCUGCAGAUGUCCGAGACCAAUCCUGCAAUGGCGGCGCAGCAGCAGCAGCAGCAGCAACAACAGCAGCAGCAGCAGCAGCAACAACACAGAUGCCUUCGAACUGGCAUGGGCCCAACCAACUUUGGGAACAUCCGACCAGGCCAGCCUGGCAGGGGUCUGCCGGUGAGAAGUGUCUCUCUGGACAUGAAUGCGUCUCCUCAGCAGCCCUCGCUACAGUACCCCAUGAGGGCCACGAGCCCGUACACUCUCAUGCAGCAACAGCAGCAGCAAGGCAUGGUGGGAAGUCAUGGCAUGAUGCCUAACCAAGCUGGGCUGAUGGCGGCGGGCGGUCCCCGGCCAGGCAUGCAGCAGCAGCAGCAGGAGGGCUGGGUGGGCCCGGGCUCUGCACCUCCGCUCGGAGCAUCCGGCCCGGGACAACAAAGUGCCAUGCAGGCCAGGAUUGGCCCCGGCGGUGCUGCCAUGAGGCCCAACAGCCAGCCAGGGCCUCGGCCGAUGCUCCAGUCCCCGAUGAUGGCCAACGUCCAAUCAGAUAUGGAUAUUGGAAUGGUCGGCCAUCAUUUCUCCCAACAACAGGCCCCACCCAACCAAACAGCCCCUUGGCCAGAGAGCAUGAUGCCAAUUGACCAGACAGCAUUUGUAAACCAGAACAGGCCUGCACCCCAGGAUGACCUGCUGUGCAGUACGGGGCUCAGCGCGGGGGGCGAUGGCAGCGCGGUGGAUGAGGGGGCCUUAUUGUCACAGCUGUACACGGCACUAAAAGAUUUUGACGGUCUGGAGGAGAUUGAUCGCGCUCUUGGAAUCCCAGCUCUGGUAGAACAGAGCCAGUCACUGGAGACGGACCAAUUCCCUCAAGAUCCCUCCAUGAUGUUGGAUCAGAAGCCCCCCAUGUACACCCAGCAGUUUGCCCCUCCACCAUCUCACAUGGCUCCCCGGGGCUACCCAGGAGCUCCCAUGCAAGAGCCCGGCUUCCAUCCCAUGUCUGGGCAGAUGGGUCCACGGCCGGGUUACCCCAUGAUGAGAAUGCAGGCCCGGCCCGGACUCCGGCCCGGCGGCGUCGUCCCCGGCCAGCCCAACACACUACGGCUGCAGCUCCAGCACCGGUUACAGUCCCAGCAGAACCGCCAGCCAAUGAUGUCUCAGAUGAGUAGUGUGUCAAAUGUGAACCUACCUCUCAGAGCCAGUGCUCCAAACCAGGGAACCAUCAACGCUCAGAUGCUGGCGCAGCGGCAGCGGGAGCUGCUCAGUAAUCACCUGAGACAGCGGCAGCAGCAGCAGGUGCAGCAGGCCCAGCAGGUUCAGCAGCAACGCAACCUGGCCAUGAGGGCCCAGGGCCUCAGCCUGCCUCCAAACAUGGCCAGCGGAGGCAUGAGUAACCCUAGGAAUCCUCAGGCCAACCCUCAGCAGUUCCCCUACCCGCCCAGCUACGGUACCAGUACAGGCCUGGCCUCGUCACCUCCCCCCACCAGCCCCUUCUCCUCCCCUCUCUCCCCCAGCCUGCCCUCUCUCCCCCCCAACCCCCCACUCCACCUGCAUGGCACCUCUUCCUCUUCCUCCACCUCCUCCUCCUCCCAGAUGAUGAUGGGAAACACAAACAUGAUGGGCGGACAGUAUGGGGCCGUACUCAGCCCCCAAAUGCAGCACAGUGCCUUUCAGUUUCCCAACUCAGGUAUGAGCCAACAGGCAGAUGGAAAUUUUGGAGGCCCCGGCACACCGCAGAGCCCUCUGCUUUCUCCUCGCAUGGCCCACACGCAGUCCCCAAUGAUUCAGCAGGGUCAACAAAACACUGCUUUCCAGGGUUCCCCGGACAUGAACGGCUGGCCGCAGGGCAACAUGGCAGGCAACAGUAUGUUCUCACAGCAGCAGGCGUCGCCGCAGUUCACCCAGCAGAACAACAACAACAUCUACAACGGCAGCGGCAUGAGCCUCAACAAUGUCUCCAUGCCCAACAACAUGGCAACCAGCAGUUUGAGCAGCAUGGGCCAGAUGGCGGGUCAGAUGAGCGUCACGUCCAUGUCAUCGGGGCCCUCACCCGGCCUGCCCUCCAUGGGGCAAGAACAGAAAUACUGUUGACCCUCGGGGGAAACCUCUUAAAUGAACCUCAGUGAUCAGCUGGAGCAAGGAGCGCGUCGGCCCUUUAAGAAUCAAAAAUCCAAACGUGCAACUAACCGACUGCCCCUUGAACCAGCCGGGCCGCACCCCAACAACCCCCCCUCCCUUUCCCUCACACACACACACAAACGCCCCCUCAGUCCAGCCUACGUUUGAACGUCUGUCCAGCCCCGGGAGUGUGCAGACGGCUGGGGAAGGAUCUCUGUCCGGCACGCCUAGCCCUCCUGGAGGAGCCUCGGCCCCGAGCCGCUCUAUCUGCCUGUCCAGCUGCAUUCACCGUAGUGUGACUUACUGUCGUCCUCCGGGUGGUACACUGACUUAAAGGGGGCAGCAGUGGCUGUGGGAUCUUUGCUCUGAUGAAUGUAUUCCUCUCAGUGGAUCAGCGGCCAUUUACAAUCUCAUCUCAAGAAUAACCUACACUGAUUCUUCUUCUCUUUUGUCCUCCAAUCUCUCACUCUUUCGACUUGGUUUUAAAAUGGCAGCAAAGACUCCCAGGUUAUAUUCAAAUUUAAUGAUGGAGCUCAGACACUUAGCCGGUUUUGCCUUUUAUUAUUAUUAUUAUUAUUAUUAAUAUUAUUAUUAUUAUUAUUAUUAUUAUUGUUGUUGUUAUUUUAGUUGUUUUUUUUUCCUGUUGUGAAAAUUAAGAUGUUAGAGUGAAGACAUGGUGGAAAAACUGAUCACGAUAAACACUGCAGAAGAAUGGUUUGAGUGAGUUCUAUGAUUAGACUAAUUUAGUCAAGAGGUUUAUAUAGUGUAUUAAAUUAAGUUUUAUUUUCUGUAUAGAUUCAUUUUAAUUAUUGUAGAUGAUUCUUUAUUCUAGUAGCAAGAAGAAUAUUUCUAAAAGUGUGAAAGAGGCACUUUUUUAUCAUUUUAACAGUAAUGGUUGUAUUCUUUCUUAAAAGAUUCUUCUAUUAAUCUGAAUAAUGGAUUAUACUUUGGUCUGGUAGUUUCAGAAGAUGUCAAAAUCAAAUAUGGUUUUAAAAAUGAAUUACAGAGAUUGUACAUACCGAUAAGUAAGACAUUUUCUUUCCUAUUUAUUUUAUUCCUUAGGGUUAUGGUUCUCCCAGCCAGGUCAUAACUGCCUCUUGAAGCAGAGCAGUAUUUUUUUUUUCUUUUCUUUUACCCCAGGAACAUUUAUUCUGAUGUUCUGGUACGAAAUAAACGCGUCGCGGGUGGGAGGUAUCGUUGGGUUGUAAAGAAGUGUGCUGUGUAUACAGUGUACAGAUAAUCGCUUGCUUCUCUGCCUUUAGCAUAGGACACAACAAAAAAAAUUAUAUAUAUAACAAAAAAAAUCAACAGCCAUACAGUAACUCAAAAAAAAAGUAUAAAAAAUGUGCUUUCUAUGUCGUCUGGAGUGAAAAGUGCUUCAUACAAGCUGCUAGGUGCAAACUGUUCUGGUGUGAUGUAAACGAGCAAUAACAAUUACUUGAGAAUCUCUUUGGGGGUUUUUGUUUUUGUAAUUUUUGUACAGUUUCCUGAAUAAUGAUUAAAAAAAAAGGACACAUUUUUGCUCUGCUUUUGGAUGCAGUAUUAAACACAGUUUUUUAUUGCAGUUUGUACCAAGAAAGUCUACAUUCACGCAGCGUUCCUAUUAGAUUAUGCAGCGUCGGCUGAGAUCUGGUGAGGGAGGAGGUUUAUCCCCCUACUGACACGUGCCCCCUCGGCCUCCAGCCUUUCUUCUAUCGCAGAGGUCAGAGUUGAGACUGCACGGUUCACGGGACCCGCUCUGACAGACACUUAGCCAUAUUUUAUGACCUCAGGCAGUUAGUUCAACUAUAAAGUGUUUGGUAAUGACGUGCUGUUCUUGUGGCCCGGUAGGGGUUUUAUUUGACCAUCACAAGAACCAAAAGCAAGUCAACCUUUCUAACCUCAAAAGUGGAUCUUUGUUUGUUUUGUUGGAAUUUUUUUUUUUUUUUUUCCUUUUCAAAGAAUAAAAGGUUUUAUAGAAACUAUUUUAACCCAGGACAGACUUUGAACAAGCCAAAUGAUCUUCACAUUUGAAUUGGAUUUCUGAAUUCUUUUCCUCCCAUGGUGAGCAAUCACAUCUCGGUUCGUAGGCCCACAUAAAGCAGGAAGUUUAUGAUGAUGUCACUCAACAGGGUCCGAUUUACAAACAGUAAGAGAAUCGCUCUGAAUGUAUCGUCAUUAAAGAAGCCUCAGUGUGUGACUGAUGGUGUUUCUUGACAACGUGGUGUUGUGCAGUCACACCGUGCUCUUCUGCAUUUUUCUCAAGUUGCUCCUCAGCUCUUUUGUUUUAGUUCCACAUGAAAUUCAAAGCUUCAAAGCUGUAGCAGAGCCCUCUUAAGGGGUGGGAUGGGGGGGGGGUAAAAAGCAACUCAGCAUGCACACGUUGCCGUUCCUGCAGAUGUUUUGAUGUUGGGCCUACAGGAAACGCAUCUUUGCUUGAUGCCGUUCUGAUUGUAAAAUACAGCCGUGCAGAAUAAGCCUUUUUGAGCCAUUUCCGAAGGAGUAUUCACCGCCCUUUGCAAAUUUCCAAAGAUUGUCAAGAUUUUGAAGUAACUUUAAGCCAUGUGGUAGCAGUGCUUUUUAUUCUUUUCUUCUUUUAUUUUAUUUUUUUCAAAAAAAGCCUUUAUAGUGAGGAUGGGUGCGAUUUAAUGGUUUUGCUCCGUACAUACGUCCAGGCUUUGGACCCACUAAACAAAACAGUUGGUUUCUCUCUUUAACUUAUGUUUCUGAAAAAACUUUGAAUGCCCUUUUGUAUUGUCUGCCAGUUUCUUAGAGCCAAGAUGCAACCUUGAAAUGCUAAGAACCCUAGCAAAAUGCCUUAGAUUUCAUCCGCUCUCGUUCUUGUACAUUACACCACUGUCUGUAUAAAUUUGUACGAUGACUUCUGUACAAAAAAGAAAUGGGUGCAUCAUUGUUUCAACCCUCCUGAGCUGUUGCAGACUCGGUCACGGUUCCAAGCGGUUCCUCAUCGUUGCUUUUUCUGUUGUGUGUUGGGUAAUUUCACCCGCCUCACCCACCCCCUCCCUCCCCACCUCACCACUGUUGUAAUGAGAAGAUGACACAUAGGGAUAUUGAAGCAAUAUGUAAUAUACUAUAGGGACUUUCUGAGGAAAGCUCACUGUUGUGGUUUUUGUUGGUUUUUUUUGUUUGUUUUUUUUUUUCUUUUUCUUUUUCCUCUUCUCUGCAUUGUUCACAGGAGUCACACUGUAUACCCGCAUCGAUCUUUGUACCCCUCGUGUGCAUGUGUGUGAGUGUGCGUGCGCGUGUGUGUGAGCGUUUUAUGCAAAAUUAGAUAUACAAGAGAAGUUAAAACCACAGUUAUGCAAGUUGUGAACUAAUAUGGCUUCGCUGAUGCUAUUUGCCUUGUAAAUAAAGAAUUCUGUUAUUGCAUUUAA